GGUACAAAGAACCCCGCCGGCCAAGGCAGACCUACCAGGGCUUGGGGGAGGGGAGCGGAAGACAGAGGUCGAAACGACCGACUGUCCGGCAGAAAACUAUCCCCGAGCAUAUUCCUCAUUCCUUCCGCGCAUACGAAGGGCGCCAAUCGUUCCUGUAUCCCUCCCACAGAUACCGUGUAACUACUGCUUUUGCCCUCAACGCGCGGUGCCCUAGCUCGGCUCCCUAUGGUAGCAACCUCCACCGCAGAUCCGAUCUCCCCGCUACCGAAAGAAGAGGGAUGUAAAAAAUCAGAGACGGGUUAAGCGCUCAGGGACCCUCACGAAGCAGAGGAUCUGUGCUUAAAACUCAUUCAGUAUUAGGAAAAGAGCGCAGAGCACGGGCCUAUUAUGCAUAACAAGGCUUCUGAAAGGGGCACCAAUUUUUUUUGCUCUAUGGGGCAGAUGACCCCUCCCUAAUUUCAGUUUUCCAUCCAUCCCCAAGGUAGGCUGUGGAGUGGCACCGGAGACUGAGCUCAAAUUUGCAGGCCAGGGGUUGGAGAGAAGGGCGCCACACCAAGAGACUUGCACCCCCAUCCUCGCCCGCUACUCUACCCAGAGUUGUGGUACCCCUCCAUUUUAAAGCAAAAUCCAAAAACAAGCACGGCGGAAUAUUCUGGAAGGGGGCUAAGAUGGAACUCAGGAGGCGGGGGUCGGUAUGGAAAGAGCAGAUGGAUUAUUUUUUCCCUCUCCUGACGAAUGAGGAGCGCCCCCCGCCACCCCUCCUCAUAAACACCCCCCCACCAAGGCGCGCAUGCGCACUUAGGUGGCGGGCGGGUACUUAAGGCGCGGCCACAGCGGCUGCGGCAGUGCGCCCAACAGCGAACUCUGAGAGACCAGCGGAUCUCGGCAAAACCUCUCUCUCGACCACCAACCUACCGCGCUUGGAACCAUGGCGGCAGUGGCGGCAGCCUCGGCUGAACUGCUCAUCAUCGGCUGGUACAUUUUCCGCGUGCUGCUGCAGGUGUUCCUGGAAUGCUGCAUUUACUGGGUAGGAUUCGCUUUUCGAAAUCCUCCAGGGACACAGCCCAUUGCAAGAAGUGAGGUGUUCAGGUACUCCCUGCAGAAGCUGGCGUACACCGUGUCGCGGACCGGGCGGCAGGUGUUGGGGGAGCGCAGGCAGCGGGCCCCCAACUGAGGCCCCAGCUCCCAGCCCUGGGCGGCCGUAUCAUCAGGUGCUCCUGUGCAUCUCCACCAGCACGGGAGCCAGUGCCGCGCAGGAAUGGGGGGUCCCCUGUGCUCCCUCGCCAGAGGAGCACUUGGCAAGGUCAGUGAGGGGCCAGUAGGCCCCCAGAGAAGCAGUACUGACAAUGACGAAGAUACCAGAUCCCUUCCCAACCCCUUUGCCCGGUCACACCAAGGGGCAGGGUCGGGGGGAUGGGGGGAGCAGACCCCUGAGAUCUGGGCAUAGGCACUGCAUUCUGAUCUGGACAAAGUCGGGACAGCACCAUCCCAGCCCCGAAGCCAGGGCCAUGCCAGCAGGCCCCACCAUGGAUAUCCAAACACCACACCAGCCAGCAGAAUGGACAUUGUGACAUCGCCAGCCGAAGCCCUGAAUCUUGGUGCAGCACCAACCACGUGCCUGUGUGGCGGGACUGGAGGGCACAGUUGAGGAAGGAGGGGGUUAAGAAAUACAGUGGGGCCCUCUCACUGUCCCUUGCCUAGGGCACCUGCAUUCCAGCCUUGCUGCAUUUGCUCCCUCUAUUCCCCUUUCCCUCUGUCUCCCAAGCCCACCCUACUCCAAAGUAAUGUGUCACUUGAUUUAGAACUAUCCAAGAAGCAAAAGUAAAUGAAUCCCAUCUUUACUAAAACACCUUCUCUGAACCCCGCCGCCCCUCACUGAUCUUGCUUUUCCCUGGUCUCACGCAGUUGUGGUAAAUAUUGUGGUAAUCGCUAAUUGUACUGAUUGUUUAAGUGUGCAUUAGUUGUGUCUCCCCAGCUAGAUUGUAAGCUCCUGGAGGACAGGGACCACCUCUACAAAAAAUAAAAAAACGUACCUCCCCUGUCUCGCACAGUGUCCCAGGACCCUGCGGGGCAGUGGAGGCGCACCAAAA